AUGACGACUUCUCCUGUGAUCCCAUUCAACAUAAAUCAUCUCCUGAAUUUUGCAUUUGCUCCCCGGGAUGUUGAAAAACAAGUCUCUAUCAAAGCCAGCGUGACAAACAAACGCAAUAAGGUUGAGAUGGAGAAAUUCGAUAAGGCAAAAGUGAAGAAUACAGAGACACAGGAGAAAAAUCCUCUGCCUUCAAAAGGAACGAUUGAACAUGAGAAGCCAGCUGACGAAUCACAAUGA